AAACAAAAAAAAUUGUACGAAAUUUUUUGUAUACAAAAAAAGAAAAGAAAAAAGAUGAGAAGAAAAACAAAACCAUCAAAGCUGUGAACUUAAAAUUUCAGCACAAAUGUUUUUUGUUCCUUUUAUUUACUUUUGUGAACAUAGUGGUACGAAUCAAGACAACUGAGAAAAGACAUAACAAUAAUAAAAACAAAAAAUUAAAUCUUCUCCUUAACCUUAAAGAUUGCAUCAUUUGCGCUCUUCCCCCCUCCUUUAUCGUAACUUCAUAAUACGCUCUUUGCGUUGUUGUCAAAAACAAAAGCAGAAAGAACGCGAAAGGCUAUAAAAAGAAAUAAAACCUUAGCGACGCCGUUGUGACCGUGUUAUUGGCUUUGGCUGGUUUGUGCUUACAGGCAACCGUGAUCUGACCGUCAUCUCAUAUCUUGAAGCCACGAUGUGAUGUUGAUCAUCAUCAACCUCAUAAUGAACAGUCAAGUCUAAAAAGAUACCUUUCGAAGUAACAACUACAACAGCAACAACAAUAACAAUAACAACAAAGCGUUAUUGCCAAGGUGCUCUUUUCCUAAAAUUCCAAAUAUUGAGAAGAAGUAAAUAAAAAAACUAAAAAAAAAAAAAAAUCCUUUUCUGUUUUUAUUGGAGAAACGCGUUCGUGCAACAAUUUAUUUUCUGUGUACACAUUCGCUGUUACUUCCUUUACUCUGCGAUUCGUUGCUUCCUUACUUUAUUCAGUGGCAGCAGCAUAGCUUACGCUGUUUUUUGUUUUUGUUUUUAGAGAAAAGAAACUAAAAAACAAAUCAAACGUCAUUGGCUUUUGUUUUACGAAUUCUCUCACUUUUACGUUUGUUUUUGCUUUCCAAUCUCUAUAUAUACAUGAGUAAAUGCAUAUAUAUAUAUAUAUGCAUAUAUAAAAGGAAAAACCACAACAAAAUAAACGGAAUAAAAGAACAUUUGAACGUCGUAAUAUCAUUUCAUCUUCCCAUCUGUGUGUGUGUGUGUGUGUGUGCUCGUGUGUGUGUGUGUGUGUAUUACUACUGCCUUAUAGUAGUACCAGUCCGAAGGUAACAAACAAACCUUGCAAACAAACUGAGCAAUAUUAUUGAAGAGGAACAACGUAAGAAAAACGUUUUAAAACGCGUUGUUACGGGCGUUGUUGUUGAUAUUGUUGGCCUGUGUGACGACAACGACGACUACGUUGCCUGUGUUCCUGUUUAUUAAAUUCAACAAGUUUCUUAAAAACGAGACAUGGCGCCGAAAUCCAGAAAAAAGAAGGCUCACGGUAAGUUCAGAAUUUCUUUGGAAAUCGAGAAGCAUGGAAUUGAUGACAACGCGUACACUGACAUGCUAUUGUGACGGCAGUUGUCCAAAUAAUGUGAUAAAUGGCACCUGCGAAACACGUCCCGGAGGUUAUUGUUUUAGUGCAGUGGAAGAAGUUUAUGACGAAUUCACACAAACUUAUGAAGAAGAACGAACGUUUGGUUGUAUGCCACCCGAAGAAAAUGGCGGUUUCCUAAUGUGCAAAGUGGCUGCGGUCCCGAACCUGCAUGGCAAAAAUAUCGAUUGCUGUAAUAGUGGUGACUUAUGUAAUCGCCAUUUACAUCCCGCCUUUACGCCGAAACUUACUACACCCGCCCCAGAAUUGCCAGUAAGCUCGCAAUCGGUGCAUUAUCUGGCUAUGAUUGCGUCGAUGAUCAUCUGCUUAUCCGCCUUUGUCGUGAUCAUUGUAAUUGUUUGCAUGACUUAUAAAAGAAGAGAGAAACUACGUAAGCAACCGCGUCUCAUAGGUAGUAUGUGCAAUAGUCAACUGUCACCUUUAUCACAAAUGGUCGGUCAAAGUUCGGGCUCGGGUUCAGGUUUACCUUUGCUGGUACAACGUACCAUAGCAAAAGAAAUUCAAAUGGUGCGUUUAAUUGGGAAAGGACGUUACAGCGAAGUAUGGCUCGCUCAGUGGCGCGAUGAGAAAGUUGCCGUUAAAACGUUCAAGUAUACACAGGAGACUUCUUGGUUUCGUGAAACUGAAAUUUAUCAAACUGUCUUAAUGCGUCAUGAAAAUAUUUUGGGCUUUAUUGCGGCCGACAUCAAAUGCAACGGUAGCUGGGCCCAAAUGAUAUUGAUAACCGAUUAUCAUGAAAAUGGUAGUUUAUACGAUUACUUAUCCAGCUCGGUUAUUAAUCCUCAAAAAUUGCAUUUGUUGGCUUACUCUCUCGCGUCGGGCCUAGCUCAUUUACAUGAAGAGAUAUUCGGUUCGCCCGGCAAACCGGCCAUUGCCCAUCGCGAUAUUAAAAGUAAAAAUAUCUUAGUUAAACGCAACGGCCAAUGUGCUAUAGCAGAUUUUGGUUUGGCUGUUAAAUAUAUUUCCGAAUUGGAUGAAAUACAUAUUGCUCAAAACACCCGAGUAGGUACUAGACGUUAUAUGGCCCCGGAAGUGCUCAAUCAAACAAUGAAUCCGCAACAAAUUGAUGAAUUUAAAAGGGCUGAUAUGUACUCAGUGGGUUUGGUAUUAUGGGAGAUGGCAAGACGCUGCUAUACGCCUAUACCCGGAUCUAAGGCUACCACUUGCGAAGAUUACGCUCCGCCCUAUCAUGAUGUGGUGCCUUCCGAGCCUACUUUUGAGGAUAUGCAUGUUGUAGUCUGCGUAAAAGGUUUUCGUCCGCCUAUCCCGUCACGUUGGCAGGAAGAUGAUGUUUUAGCUACAAUUGCAAAAAUCAUGCAAGAAUGCUGGCAUCCCAACCCUUCAGUGCGCCUAACCGCGUUACGAGUGAAAAAGACUCUAGCUCGCUUCGAUGCCGACUACAUGGACUGUCCUGUUAAAAUUGUGUAAAAACUAAUUUAUUGUAAUUUCUUUAGCCCAUGGUUAGUUUAGGUUAUUUUUUUCCUUUCCUCCUCCAACGCCUAGCAAGACAUUGUUUAAAUAAGUAAAUUUAGGUAUGGAUGUGUGUGCGCAUUUUUUUUGUUUUUUUUUUUUUUUUUUUU